GUGCCAUUAGAUUAGGGGCCGUCGAAGGAUGCUCGCGCUUCCCUACAAACUUUCCCUCGUCCCCAGAAACAUCACACAUCUCUCGUCGCGUGCCGUUUGAUCGUGUCGCCUUCUGCUCAAUCACCUUCUUCUCGUCACUCCUUUUGGGUCGCUGCUGCAGAGGCCACAAAUCUUCGGCGUCGAGAGGACAAGAGCCGCGGCAUUGAGGCUCCCGAUUUUCUCGACUGCAUCAGCUGCCACCAACACGCACGUACGCGACGCUGAGGCUUGCAGCGCAUCCGCCACGUCCCGGCAUCCAUUGACGUCGACUUUUCCUCGCCGCGCACCCCUCGACUUUCACUUCAUUCAGCAGCAUAAUGUCAACUCCAGACUGGUUGGAAUGCGGCGUGCCCACGCUCGACAGACCCUUCGGCGUGGCACUAUGGCCCAUCUUCGCAAAGGCUUUCACGGCCGUGAAGGGCUACACGCCAGAUGAGUUCCGCUUCAUUCCAGGAAAGACGCCAAUGGCGACCAUGGCCGAGACGGCCAUCUCGCUCAUUUCCUACUACAUCAUCAUCUUCGGAGGGCGAGAGUUGAUGAAGGACCGCGAGCCGUUCAAGCUGAACACGUUCUUCAAAAUCCACAACUUUUACUUGACGGCCAUCAGCGGUACUCUUUUGCUGCUCUUCCUCGAGCAGUUGAUUCCGACGCUCGCGAGGCAUGGCGUGUUUUACGCCAUCUGCCACUACAACGGUGGCUGGACGCAGCCAUUGGUUGUUCUGUACUACCUCAACUAUCUGACCAAGUAUCUCGAGCUGAUCGAUACCUGCUUUCUCUUCCUCAAGAAGAAGCCGCUUACUUUCCUCCACACCUACCACCACGGUGCGACCGCCCUCCUCUGCUACACCCAGCUUCUCGGCCACACCGCGGUAUCCUGGGUGCCAAUCACGCUGAACUUGAUGGUUCACGUUGUCAUGUACUGGUACUACUUCCAGUCUGCGCGCGGAAUCAGAAUCUGGUGGAAGAAGUACAUUACCAUGCUCCAGAUCAUCCAAUUCGUGAUUGAUCUCGGAUUCGUCUACUUUGCGUCCUACACCUACUUCAGCGCCCGAUACUUCCCAUGGCUGCCGACCUCCGGCAUCUGCGCAGGCGAGGAAUUCGCGGCAUUCGCUGGAAUGGGUAUCCUCAGCUCCUACCUCUUCUUGUUCAUCGGUUUCUACAUUUCGACCUACAAGAAGCCAAUCAAGAAGGGCCGCGCCCGUGCUACCAGCGCUCUCGUGGAGAUGAAGGACGAGCAGGUUCCAGAUGUUGGUCAGGUCCGGAGAAGGAUGAGCGGUAAUGCGCAGAACAUGAAUGGCUACUCGACUGGCAAGGAUACCAAUGGCACUCCCAACGGCAGAGUCACCAGGUCGAGAAAAGCAUAAGCGCUCGGUGCGGCAAUGCUGGCACGAGCAAAAUUCUCAAAUCGUGUGUAGGAGCAAGGAGCUGUAGCGGAGUGGUCGAGAUCAAGGACACCACUUGGUCAGAAUGGGCGAGCAGCGAUUCGAAAUGGAGUGGAGGGACACAGCCCAGUUGGCCGGUCCACAAAAUGAAAUUCGUGUAGAUUUUCUAGGGAAGGUCAUCCAAAGGUGUAAAACGGCGUACGAAUCAACAAGGAGGGGCUGAAGGUGCAUAGCAAGAGAAGACGUUUUGGCAUGAGAAAGAACAAGCAGUGGGUUACUACAACAAACAAACUGUAAGAUACGAAAUGCAUGUGAGCGGAAUGUGUGGGUUGCGUGCUUGCACGCGUGGUCAAGGUACGCCAUACAAGAGCACAUUUUUUAGAUGCAUAUAAUAAAGCUAUGAAAAAAAGACAUAAUCGAAG